CUAAGCUUGGGCAGUUAUAGAUCACGCUCUCUUCGUUAUUAACCGCCUACUCACUCAAUCCCAAUUCACACAAACCAGCAAAGGGCACUUCUGGAAUUAUCAGAAUUCCUCUGUUUCCCGCCAUUUCUCUCUCAAACUCUCAAGCAUGAUGACCACCACUACUGCUCCUCCUCCUCUCAUGGCCAUCCUCCUAGCCUUGACGCUCGUCAUUCUCCGCUUGGGAUCAGCAGAACCGCCGCCGUCUCCACCACCUAGUUGCGCCGACGAGCUCGUGAGAUUCUCGCCGUGCCUGCCUUACGUGUCGUCUCCGCCAAACAACAUCUCCGACUCACCCCCACCCAAGUGCUGCGACGCGUUCUCGCUGUCGAUGGAGUCCGGCGGCGCGCUCUGCCUCUGCUACCUGGUCCAGGAUCCUCCGAUGCUGGGGUUUCCGGUGAACGGGAGUCGCGUUCUGUCUCUGUCUUCCACUUGCCCUCUCAGAGACAUUUCCACAAACGCAAGUGCACAAUCUUUGGAGUCUCUCUGCUCAGGAUCACCAGAACUCCCUCCUCUCCGCAGCUCAACAAUUUCAGAGAUUUCAAGUCCUCCUCCUUCAGGUUUUGAUUCUGUGGACAAUGCUUCAUCUCCUCUCAUGAGCUUAGCACCAGAACCAGCAUACAAUUCAAGCAUCCCGCGGGGAAACAGAUCGCCAACUCCGCCAAGCUCAGCGGUAGAACCAGCAAGGAUUUCAGCUGAAUUGAAGCGAGUGUACUUGAGCAACUCUUGGAUUCUACCUGCCAUUGUGAGCUUCCUUGUUCAGAUAUUCAUCUGAUGCUUCCUACAUUCAUUGAGAUUUUACAUGAAAACUUCACCGCCCUUGAGGCAUUUCGUGUACUGACUUGAUCAGGAAACUUG